CUCGCGUAUCAGUAUUCGUGUUUGAUGCUAAAAGCAGUUUGCUGCGUGUGAUCUCGUUUUAAGUUUAUUAUGGCUCUUCGUUUUGCGGCUUUCUGCUCAAAGAAUUGCGUUCUUAUCUGCCUUCUGCUCUUCACUUGCAGAUUACGAGCUGAAUUUGAUACGAUCGCUUGGAUUGGGUGAGAUUGCUCAUUAACUGAAUUGGACUAGUGAAACGGCUUAGAGAAUGGAAGUUUUUUGUUGUUUUAGCUUUUGACGUUACUGUUCUAGCUGCAUUUGUUUGAUUCCUGAUUUGCUGAAUCGAAAAGGAUAACAAUCUAUGAGAAUUAUUGGUCCCCAGUCCUCACAUCGCCUUUCCACUAACAAUGGAGGCGUUUGAUCAUGUAAAUUACGCGGAGAUUGCUGUUCGUGGAAUUGCAACAGGGAAAUGCAUAGUAUAACCCCUAUUUGUAGAUUAAAUUUAGCAUUUGUAUUUCCUUGGCAUACUCUCUUGCCUUUUUAAGACCUUAAGUUAUGUUUACUUUUUUAUGCCUACUUGAGCAGUUGUCUGUUGAGUUGCAACUUGUCUAGUGCGCUUUAGAGGUGCAAGCAGUUUGAGGAGAAUGUUGAUUAUAUUGAUCUGAAGAAAAAAAAAAGGAAUCAUAAUAUGCAGCAGGCUGUGGUGGUGGUGGAGAUCCUAAUGUUUGGCGCCUCUUCUGUUAAUUGCUUUUUCUCCCUGGGGUUCUUCCUUCUUCGUGCUUAGUUUUUGGUUGAGAUUAGGUUUUAGCUGUAAAGGAAGAGACAUCAUAGUGCCUGUAAUAUACGCAUGCAUAUCUACUUUGUUGUACGCAAAAGGUUAAUAGAUAGUGCACUGUAAUGUAUGCACUGCUCUUGAAAUGUUUGGGGCUCAUCCGUGGCUUACCAUAGUUGUAGUGCAUAUGAUUUAAAAAAGGCUUUGUUGAUAGAAGCAUGUUUACUUGGCUGGAUGUUACUUUGUCUAAAGUUUCUUUUUAGUUAAAACUAAUUCCGCUUGCAAAUGUUGGACUCUAGAGCAUCAUCUGAUGCGGAUGGCUUCAAAGAAAAGACCCUGGCAAUGAUAAAACCGGAUGGAGUUGAAGGUAAAUAUGUUGAUGCUAUAAAGGAAAUCAUCUUGGAUUCUGGCUUCAGCAUCACGCAGGAGAUUGAGCGCCAAUUAGAUGAUUCUACAGUGAAGAGUUUCUAUGCUGAGCAUGCUUCAAAGAGUUUUUUCUCAAACCUUGUUCAGUACAUGACCAGUGGGCCAGUGCGGAUAAUGGUGAUAGAAAAGGAAAAUGCCAUAGCUGAUUGGCGUGCUUUGAUUGGACCUACAGAUGCAAAGAAAGCUAAGGUGACUCAUCCAGACAGUGUCCGAGCAUUGUGUGGACUCAACUCAGAAAGAAACUGUGUGCAUGGUUCAGAUUCACCACAAUCUGCUGCUAGAGAGAUAUCUUUUUUCUUUCAGAAGUCUCAAUCAGGUUUUGUCCCGACGCAUGAUGAGUUAUAAAACUGGAGAGUGCUCAAGUAGAAAUCAUAUCCAAGUUUCUAUUGGCAGCGCCUCUUUGCUGAUAGAAGUCACCAAUUAUUGACCAACUCUUGUGAUUAGUUUGGGUAAUAUCCAUAGGUGCCUUGCCCUAGGCUUAUCAUCACCCGUCCCAUUUUUUCUUGUUUUCUACUCCUUGUGCUUAUUGGUGGAAAUACGAGAGUUACAUUAUCAAUCCAUGUUAAAGAACUGUUGACUUGCAUAGUUGCAUGGAUAAUCUAUUACUUGAACGAAUACAAUGGCCAGCCAUGAUUCAUGUGGAUAAGGCUGGAAUUUAUCUACUAGAUAUUAUAAACCAUGUAUCCAAUUAUGAUAGUAAAUGCAAGAACAUCACUCCUCUUUUCAUUCGAAAA